UGGAGAUACUCUAACUACUUGGUUAUUUCUUCAAUAACAACUGAACUGUUUAAAUUUGCUGUCUCUACCAGGGUCAAUAUGCAUAAGAGAAUAUUAGAAACUUUCAGGGAGGAAAAUAAGAAAAAAAAAAAAAAAAAGACAGUUGGAAAUGGUUCCUACUUACCUAAAUUGACCCUUUUCCCCCGCUUUCCUUUUACUAAGGUGGUGCGGGUGCCUGCGCCCCAGAGUCUCUUGAUAUAAACAUGGCUGCCAUGCUAAACAACACUCUGAGGAUUGUGCUGGUCGGGAAGACCGGAAGUGGGAAAAGUGCAACUGCAAACACCAUCCUUGGGGAAAAAGUAUUCGACUCUAGGAUUGCUGCGGAAGCUGUUACCAAAACUUGUCAGAAAGCAUUUCGGAAACAGAAGGGGAGAGAGCUUUUCGUUGUUGACACCCCAGGGCUCUUUGACACCAAGGAGACCCUGAAUACCACCUGCAGGGAAAUCAGCCGAUGUAUCCUCGUGUCCUGUCCUGGGCCUCAUGCGAUCGUCUUGGUCCUGAGACUGGGCCGCUACACACAGGAAGAGCAGCAAACCGUGGCAUUGGUCAAGAAUCUAUUUGGGAAAACAGCCAUGAAAUAUAUGAUCAUCUUAUUCACUUGCAGAGAUGAACUGGGCGACCAGAGCCUGAGCGACUUUUUGAAGGAUGCAGAUGUAAACCUACGAAGCCUCCUCCAGGAAUGUGGAGACCGCUGCUAUGCCAUCAGUAACAGCAGAAACACAGAGCAGGCUGAGAAGGAAGCUCAGGUGCAGGAGCUGGUGGAGCUGAUAGACAAGAUGGUGCAGAACAACCAGGGGAAUUACUUUUCUGACCCCAUUUACAAGGACAUAGACCAAAAGCUGAGACAGCAGGUGGAACACUUGAAGAAAGUCUAUGCUGAUGAAUUACAAAGCAAAAUUAAACUAGUAGAAAAGGAAUAUGCACAUAACCCAGAAGAAAAGGAGAAACAAAUAAAGUUGCUAAAGCAGAAGCAUGAGGAACGAAUGAAAAACAUAAGGGAAGAUGCUGAGAUGAAUGUAUUCAAAGCUGCAUUCAACAUGAUUAAAAAUAUGCUUUUAAAAAUAUGGUCCAAGUUGUGGUAGUAUAAACUUUAUCUUUACUCCUCAUUUUAAUAUAACUUGUUAAUACAGUAGUUUAUAGUUUCCAAAGAUUGUUAAAACCAUAUUUUCUGACUUUUUACAAUCUGACUUCCUCUUAUAAUUUCUCUCCCUUGAGCUAUGGGUCUAUGUCCCUUACCUUGGAAUUGGAGGGACUUUGUGACUGCUUUGAUAAAUAGUGGGUGGUUGAAGCAACACCAUGUGACUUCUAAGAAGGGAAAAUGCCUCCAUGCUCUACGAUGGUUACCCUUGGAAUUUGCCCACCCUGUUGAGAGGAAGCCUGGGUAGAAGACCAAUUUGCGCCCAUAAUGGGAGCCUGAAGUCACUGAUCCUCUCCCCUGUCUGAUAUUUCAUCUGCAUCCAGAAUCAGCUUGCCAGCCUUGCAAGUGAGGCAACACAGAUUGGAUUCUCCAGCUGCCAACUGAUGAAACUGCAAAGAGCAAAGAUGAGCCAUCCCCAUGAGGUCCUGCCCAAAUUGCAGAUUCAUGAGAAAAAUAAAUGAUUGCUGUUGUUUUAA